CUGAUGAUGCACUAUAUUAGUCCUCGUGUCUUCGGGUUUUCUUGCGGCUGAGGACGAAGCGAGGGGGGAGGCUGGCGAUGGCGAGGAUUAAGGUCCAUGAGCUUCGCGGGAAGACGAAAACUGAGCUCCAGAAUCAGUUGAAGGAGCUGAAGAAUGAGCUUUCCCUCCUCCGCGUCGCUAAGGUGACCGGUGGUGCGCCCAACAAGCUCUCGAAGAUAAAGGUGGUGAGAUUGUCGAUCGCGCGUGUGCUGACUGUGAUCUCGCAGAAGCAGAAAUCUGCGCUGAGGGAGGCUUACAAGAAGAAGAAGCUCCUCCCGCUAGAUCUCCGCCCCAAGAAGACUCGUGCGAUUCGCCGCCGGCUUACCAAGCAUCAGGAGUCUUUGAAGACAGAACGUGAGAAGAAAAAGGCGAGGUACUUCCCCCUGAGGAAGUAUGCCAUCUUAACUUAGAUAUCAAUAUUGUGAUUCUUAAGCUUUGCCAGAUUUUGUUAUUUAUAUUGGAGUUCCAAUGUGAGCAAGAUUCAUUUGUUCAUCUUGUUAUGCCAUUAGAUUUGUUAUUCUGGAAUUGUUCAUCUGAUAAAUUCUAGAAAGUAAUUUGCCCCUUCUCUUCUGUAUAAACAGCAUUGAUCUAUUUAUGUUUCUACUUUUUCUUGUUAUCUAAUGAUAAGAAAGUUUGAUCUCUCA